AUGGCUGUUGACAAGUUUGUUUCACCCAGCGUUUCGAAAAUUCAAUUACCCGGAGUUGUCAAGGGACAGCAACGACACCCAAUGCUUGAAAAGAACCACAAAGAGCAUCACAUGUUCUUCAACAAAGCAGGAUUCCACAACCACAUGGUGCAUCAAUAUCUUUCGGCUUAUGCUCUUGGUGCUACACCUGAACGCCUUCAAGAAAUCUUUGAUGCACAUGCAUCGUUUCAACGCCCUUUGCCUCCUCAUUCAAAGGUAGUCGAGUUGACGCGUGACAACUACCGCGAGCAUCUAGGCAACCGUGAUUGGUAUCCAAGCUACUUGGAAUUUUUCAAAAAGGAGAUUGAUGAACUUGGUGUUGAGAAAGCGGUUCAAUACUGGAUCUUUAAGGACGACAUGUUACCUCGUUUUGUGGGAGCCGCGAUCCACCCUUUGAUCCAUAUGGGCUAUGCUGCUGAAUUUGAUAUCCCCUAUGUGGCAGCAGAAGCAUUAGCAUCAACUGCAUGUGCACAAGGUUAUUUAGCACCUAUGAUGGUCGAAGAAAGUAAUAACAAUACCGAUGCCAUUGAACACACACUACUUGAUCUCGUGGAAAAAAUCCGGAAGGAUCCCGAUUUGGAUGGUGUUGCCAAGUACAGCGAUGAAGCAAAGUUGAUGAACGUCGUGCAUAGUAAUACAGCUGUUCAAAAGAUCCGUGAAGCGGUCACCUUGUGGAAUGUCAAUGAGCGUAAUUUGGAAGCCAAAAUGAAAGACCUUUUUGUGUCGAUCAUGCUCUUGUAUGCUGGCUCAGGUGUACGCAACAACAGAUACAAGCUUGACUUUUUCCUUGCACAUGCAUUGACCUCGACGCAUGCUGUAUUUAACACGGUACAACAAUACUUGGAUCGGUCUCAAGCAGCCAAGUUAAUGCGAGCUCAUGUUGCUACGGCGCUGGUUUGGUACUUGGCACGUGGCAAACCAAGUGUGGAUGUUGAGGCGCUUACUCAUUACCAGUCCCCUUCCGUUUCCACCAAUGAGCAUAAUCCAUGGCUGCAAGUGCUUGAUCGUGCAUUGGGUUAUCAUGAAGCACAUGUCAUCAAGGUUGUGCGUGCUACCGCUGUUGGACAAAUGAUGUAUGGUGACCAAUAUCCUAAUGUAUGGCUCAAGGCUGCUCAAAUGACUCUUGAUCAUGCUGGUGGUGAUUCUAGUCGAGGCAACUGGGAGUUUGAAGGGGUUGGGUUUGAUGAGACAUGGACGAGACGCGAUGGGAAAAUGUAA